UCCAGCAGGCAUUUCUAACCGAAUUUUGUGAAAGGCAGAAUAAAAUAAUCGUGAAUAAGUUCCUUCACCAGCCGGUACAUCUUCAAAAUGGCGACAUGCCGUCGAACGACCGCGGUGACGCAGCAACAGCAGCUGGCCAGUCGUCGACAGGAGGAAAACAGGGAAGACACCAUCCGCUCUCUCAACACCGAGAAACUGCUCGAAGCAAACAUGGCGGCCGAAAAACGCGUAGAGAAUAAACGUUACCUGCGACUGUUGGAGAUCGAACGACGGGAGAGGGAAAUGGAUGAUGCAAUUAGAAAUCAAGAAAGGCAGAAAGUCAUCAAGGCACAGCAGGCAGAGCAAGAAAGUCGAUUGGCGGCGGAACUUCAAGACAGAAAUCUAGCGACAAUGAGAGAUGAGAAAUAUAGGCAACAAAUUAGGGAAAAUGAUGUUGGAAUCCGAGAACUAGAACACCAAUUGAAGGAGGCGUACAUGAGUCAGGAGAGAAAGGCUCAGAUCUCCGAGAAACAAGCUAGGAAAUACGAUGUUGAUAAACGAGAAGCAGAAGUUGCGCGCUACCAGAAAGAGGAGCAUGAACGCGCUGCUGCGGCCGACUUACAACGGGCGAAAGAAUUGCAAGAACAGAAAAUUCGGCACCAACAGGAGCUCGAGAGGCAGUUGGAGGAGCAAGAAAUGAAACGUCAAGAAAUGUACGAAGAACUCCUCAAAGAAAAACUCAUGAUCGACGAAAUCACGCGUAAGAUCUACGAGGAGGACCAGCGACAGCGCGAACUCACACGCGAGAAGAAGGGCGAGACUCAGCGCUUCAUCCAAGAAUUCCAUACGGAGCGAGAGGCGUGGAAGGCUCGCGAGCGUCAGAAGCUGGAGGACGAGAACAGGAAGAUUUUGGAGUACGCGCGGGAGCAGCAGGCGCGGGAGGGCGAGUACCAAGCGAAGAAACAGGAACGAGAACAGGCGAAGGCACACGUCCAGAACAUGCUUGCGAAACAGAUUGCCGCUGAUGAACGAACGCGAGAGGAGAUGGACCGCAUUCGGGAAGAACUCGCCCUCGAGGAACGAGAGGAGGCGGAACGCAUCAAGGAGAAGCGGGAAAUAGAACGAAAACUUCGGGAGCGAAUCGAGUUACAGCGGACGCACCAGGAACAGUUGCUGUUCAAGGCCCAGCGCACCAGGGCGCAGCAGGAAGAGGAGGAGCAACUCCGUCAGCAGAUGCUGGCGAAGUUUGCGGACGAUGACCGCAUCGAACAGAUGAACGCGCAGAAGAGGCGGAUGAAGCAACUGGAACAUAAGCGGGCAGUUGAGGAGUUGUUGAUGAAGAGGAGAGAACAGUAUGCUGCUGAUAGGCAACAUGAAUUGGACGAGAGGAAACGCGAAGAGGACUUGGAGAGCUAUCACAGACAGAUCAUCGAGGAGGAGCGCCAGAGAUUACUUAAGGAGCACGCUGUCAAACUCUUGGGCUAUUUACCGAAAGGUGUUAUCCGUGAUGAAAAAGAUCUGGACAUCCUGCCGCCAGAAUUCAGAGAGCGGUACACGCGACGUCAGGUCGAUCCCUUCGAUGAUGAUUCAUGGGACUCCCCCAAAUAAAGCUCCGAUUGGACGAUACUUGCUUAGAGAAUCACGGCAUUGUUUGAUCAAUUUUGGGAGCGAGAAAUGUCACAGAAUGCUGGGAAGGGCAGCACGACUGUUUUGGAAGCUGUCAUUAGUCAUGCAUCACUAAAAUGAGAACAAUUUGAGAUUAAAUAUAUCCGCCCUUCCAGACCGGUAUCUUGUGUUUAACUGGGACAUCGUUGGCUAAAAAGCUUUGCCUUUGAACUUUUUUUUGGGGCCUUAAGGUUGGAUUUAUGGCAUAUUUUGUCUCACCUCAACUGGCCGGAUCACUACUUGGUUCCCGACUGGUGGAGUUCAAGUGAGCACCUUCUGGUUUCUCCUUGAAUCUGAUUGAUUUCUGUGGAGACCUGGGUAAUAAUAUUGUAUCCAAAAAGUGCUUUGAGCAGGGAAACCUGGAAAAAUGUAUGUGCAAAAAUUUUACCCGUCUUAGAAAUAGCUAAAUCUUUAAAAGCACUACUGGGUACAUGUUGAUGUAUGUAUAAUGAAUGUUUUAUUGUGUACACUGUCCUUGUUUUAGUGUGCUCACGGGCCUGGUGCCUCAGAAAUGCCGAACGGUAGUGUAUCAGCGCUCCACAUUCGUGACGUACCCAGAUUGCAGCGAGAUUGUGCGUUGUGUAACGGAGACUUGUAACCAGUGUUGUCUGACUCCGAGUUUGACAACCUUCUGGCCGUCAUGACAUACUUUUUGAGUUAUUUUUAGCCCAAAUGCAGAGCGCAGUUAUAGAAAUGCUGCAUUUCAUAACUGCUAACACGCUGGUCUGUUUCAUAGCAGAUAUCAGUGACUACUGAGUAGUAUAUCGCCAGGUAUUGUAUGAUCUGUUAGGCUGCCUGUCCAUGGACAGUUCACCUAUGGAGUUUGACCUUGUUCUAUCUUCCCUUGAGAAGACCCACACACGAAAUGUAAUGUAAUGUUUAUAUUUAUAUAUAGCGCUAAUCAUUAAAGACUGCUCAAGUGCUUUUGAUGGUAAAGAGCCAGGUCUUUAGUCCCUUUCUGAAAGACAAGGGGUGAUAUGAAUAAAGACUAGCAAAUGCUUUUACUUCAAUUUUGUACAGAAAGGCCUAGUGUAAAUGUACAUGGAGUUUUAGAUAAAAGCAUUUGCUAGUCUUUAUUCAUAUCACCCAUUGUGUCCUUAUUGUCCUUGAGGGUGUCGGGAGGGUCUUCCAGAGUCUGGCUGCGGCAGCCUGAAAACUACGAGUUCCAAAUCCUUUAUUUGGCUCACUAGACAUUCCCAUUGGUCGUACAAAGGAACAUACUUUGGCGACAAUAAAAACAGCGUCACAAGGGAAGGGUCUAUGGAUAUACAGCCCUAGAGGUUUGAGGAGCUUAUGACAUAGACAUACAUGUUCCGUGCGCUUACUGUCCAUACAAAGGUUCCGUCCUUACUGGUAAUCCUUGUAUAAACUUCAAACAUUCCUACAGCAUCUGCUACAUAUUAAUUUGGAUUUAUGCUAUCAAGCUGAAUUCUUAUGCUUAACUGGUUCUUAGAACAACUAGACUUUGCCUGCUUGGUUGCCCACAAUAAUAUGUCCUUAAAUUCAAGACUAUCUAUGUCCUGCUCCCUGUUGACAAUGUACUACAAUCUCAUCUUAACCUGAAGAAAGAAAUUUCAAUCCUUCCUUCUCGUGUAUGCUAUGCUAACAUUCGGCAGGGUUGUGUAUAAAUAUGUGUAUAUAAUUAUGUAGAGAGUCCACGUCAAUGCUUUUUUCUGAAUAAAAAAUUGCGUAAACCUA